AUGGCAACUGCUUCUGUCCACACACCCCUCAAGUCCCAUGCUGGAAUAUUCAGCAUGAAGACCGCCGGGGGCAGGAUGCCUUUGAGCCCAUCUCCUCGCAACAGGUCCAAUUCCACCUCCAAUAGAUCCCCUUUCACCCCACCUCCCAAAAACAUGGGUGCUAGCAGAAAGGAUCUCGGAACUUCGAUUUACGCUGGGGGUCUUACUUCCCACUUUAGUGCUGUGGCUAAUGGUAGUGCCAAAAAGCCCACCUUCAAGAAUUCUCCUAAAUCGAACAUCACCCGUAGUAGCUUCACACCUGUCAAGCUAGGUGUUUCUGAUUGGGCACUUACUGGUACUGGUCCAAAUGCUGAUAAGCUCAACAAUAAUAACAACAACAACAACACCAAUGUUGCUAUCAAGCAUGCCAGUCCGAUCAAGAAGGUCAGGAAGGGAAAGACCACAAUCAGAGCUCACUCUAGCCAUAUCGACAGGUUUGUCCCAAACAGGACUGCUUCGUCGCCAACCGGUAUCACCAAGGCAAACUUCAAGAGACAGACCGGUCCCCGCGGACACACUGAUCCUGACAGCAUCUUUAACUCCCUCUCUGACGAAUUUUCUGCUACUACUCUCUCAACCUAUAACGGCAACGCAGACUGUGACUCUCCGUCGUCUAAGCCAAAGAUGUCACCAAAUUCUGCCGCCUACCAGUCUGCUCUUGGCAGCGCCGUUGGUAUUCAAACUGACUCAAGGGUCCUUGCUUUCAAGCCAGCGGCUCCAGAGUCUUCUCGACCUAUUGAUUUGAGAAGCCAAUAUAACCGACCACUCAAGGCAGCUAGCAAUGCCCAAUUCAGAAGACGUGUUCUUACUGCUCCGGAGCGUGUCCUCGAUGCCCCUGGGCUAGUUGAUGACUACUAUCUUAACCUCAUGGAUUGGGGCUCUAGCAACAUGGUCGCAAUUGGUUUGGAACGCAACGUCUACAUCUGGAAUGCUUCUACCGGGUCUGUUUCUUCCUUGCUUGAAAGCAGUCCAGACACAAAUAUCACAUCCGUCAAGUGGUCCAACGAUGGCUCUUUCGUCGCUGUUGGUCUUGGCACAGGCGAAGUACAAAUCUGGGACCCUGAAGAGAACUCUAAGGUCCGCUCGAUGCACUCCCAUUCUUCUCGUGUUGGUGUCAUGUCAUGGGAUAAGCACAUUCUCUCCACUGGUUCCCGAAGUGGCGAGAUCAUCAAUCACGACGUUCGCAUUGCCGACCACAAGGUUGCUUCCUUAGUCUCUCACACCGCUGAAGUUUGUGGACUUGAGUGGCGUGCCGACGGUGCCCAAUUGGCAUCCGGUGGCAACGAUAACCUCGUCAACAUCUGGGAUGCAAGAGCCCUUUCUGCUCCACGAUUUUCCAAGACCAACCACAAGGCCGCUGUCAAGGCGAUCGCUUGGUGCCCUUGGCAAAACAACCUCCUCGCUACCGGUGGAGGUACAUUUGACAAGAAGAUCCAUUUCUGGAAUUCGACUACUGGUGCUCGUGUCAACACCAUUGACUGCAACACCCAGGUCACCAGCCUCAAGUGGAGUACUUCCUACAAGGAGAUCGUUUCUACCCAUGGUUUCCCAGAUAACCAGCUCAUAGUAUGGAGCUACCCAAGCCUUGUCAAGUGUGCUGAGAUCCCAGCACACGAGACCCGUGUUCUUCACUCUGCCCUCUCUCCUGAUGGCCAAGUUCUUGCCACUGCCGCUUCUGAUGAAUCUCUCAAGUUUUGGAAGAUCUUCGAGAAGAAGGCCGGUGCUGCUGGUCUUGCCUCCGUUUCUGCCAUGUCCACGACUGGCAAAGGUGGUGACAUCUCCAAGCAGAUGACUAUCCGUUAA